CCCCCUGCUCUGACUUCCUGUCGUGUACUACCACAACACCCAUGCUUAUUAUGCAACAUGUCGUAUAGCUCAGUUCUGAAACACACCCCCCCACACAGCCGUACAAACUGUACUCUAUGUUCACGGCGGUGAGUAAUGUUAGUUACACUGCUGAUGGCUGACUAGCUCACGUGUUAAAUGUGUUAUAAAAGUUUGCUUUUUGUUCAGAUCAGCCUCGGUGAAUAUCAAUUUGAAAUGCCUUAGUUCCAGAGAUGCCAGACAUUCAGAGAGUUGGAAAACAAUUAUCAGGUGUAUGAGGUGAUUAUCAUGUUUAUUGGCCUAAUCGCAAUGCUGUCGUCAGGUAAGCCCAAAAUCUCAAGGUAUGUGUGACUCUCCAGACUUUCAUUUAAGUCAUUCAGCAGACGCUCUUACCCAGAGUGACUUACAGGAACAAUUUGGCUGGGGGAUUCGAACCAGUGGCCUUUAGGUUACUGGUCCAACAGUCUUAACCGCUAGGGUACCUGCCGCCCUACCUACCAUAUAAACUUCAGAGCAGUCGAUGUGAAUGAAAAGGAGAAAUCCACAGCAGCUUGCUGUUUUCUCUCUGCGACUGUUAAGUUUGGAACAAGGGGUCGGAGGUCAGCAUCCUCUAUGUUGUUGCGUAUAGCCUAUUUAUAGGCAGGGUGAUGUGCUCAUGAUCCUUGGAUGCUCAGGAGAUUUACAGGGGUAGAUUACAUUCCUUUGCCAGGUGGCUCUGCCAACCUAAUUGGGGGUUAGGGGGGGUGGAAUGCUAGGACUGGAUGGCUAAAUGGAAACUCUGAACCCUUACCCCCCCCCCCCCCUUCUUCUUUGCUGAGUGAUGCAUGUAAUGCUUACAGAUUAGCUGCACCCGAUGGGGUUUAAAUUGGAACAUAAUUUGGGAAGUACUAGGACUGGAGGUGUAUGUACUGUCCGUAUGCCCAAGUGAAGGUGAGACUGGAGUGCUUUAUUGGUAUGUCUGUGUGUUUGCCUGUGGUAAGCCUAUUUGUGAGUCUAUAGUUUUUUUUUCUUCUAAUAAUUGGGCGUGAGUCCAUUAAACUAUUGUAAUAACGCCAUGCCAUCUGCAUUCACAAUUGAACACUGAAAGGAGAAUUGCAUUUAACGAGACGCUUCUAUUUGGGCUGUCAAGCAAGCUAGUGCCGCUGAUACACCCAUGCUGUAACUGAUAAUAGUGCUUAGCAACAUAAGUCUUGACCCCUUCAACUCCAUUCUAAACCGUCAAAGGAAAUGGUCAGUGUGGACAUAGUGUAGUGUCAGAGAGUUCAGAGGUCAGUCUGACAGGUCAUCCUUCUGUAUUGUAUUUCUAUUUGUGAUACAUUUAUGUUUUGGUCACAGUUAUUCCGGUACUGCUGGAGUAGCAUAUAUUUGCUGAACUAGGUUUUGAGUGAGCUUAUAAACCAUUAACUGCUGGAGAAUUAACUCUCAACUUCAAUUCCACGUAGGCCUAGUUUGUUCUCCCUCAAAGCGUCAGAGCUGUUUGGACUUGUCCUAGCCAGACAGACUCAUAAAUCAGUCGAGCCUCGAGGGCACCUGCACAUUUUAAUUUGAAGAAUGUUUUCACCGGAAGAGCCUCUGUCUUUGCCAGUGCCUUCCCGUUGUGUGCUAACUAAUUUAUUUUCCAAUGCCUUUUCUAAGCACGGCUCUGUCCAAAAUGAGGCGUGUCAUUUUGGGGGGAGGUUUUUAGCCUCCCUCUCAUUUGUUUUUAGUCUCGCUUUUUGGGGUGUACGCAUGUGACUUGCACGGGGCGGUGGGAGAGGGCUAGGUGCUUAAAUAAGCAGCCGGCACAGAUCACUCCGUAACCUGAGAGUGGGGCUAUAAAUAGCCCUAACCUUUCCUGCCUGUGUCUGUUUGUGUGUGGUUGCUCCGAGCUCUGUACAGGGCAACCUGGCUUGGUUAUUCUCUAGGACAAUACUCCCUGCUGUACAAGGCCUUCCUGCCCGCGACACCACACUGCUGUCAGCCUAGAACCUUCGAGCCUCCAGAAAAAAAAAAUGCAUUGGAAGGAAUUCGGCAACAGUAUUAAACAUCUUGCUGCUGCAGCUCACCCCUUCCGCUGGGCUGUUAAAAAAUGUCACGUCUAAUAACACGUUUAUCCCAGUGUCGGACUGAGUGCCAGAUUUCUGCAGUUCCAGCAGCAGCCCCUCGUUCCAGCCCAUCCGCAGUCAGAUUCCCAUCCCCACUGCCCAUGUCAUGCCUUCCACGGCCGGACCACCGGCCUCCAAUCCCCGGCCCUGUUCCCAAGAAGAUUCCCAGGCUUCUGCCGAGGCACACCGGCCCUCCUCGGGCUCCCGAACCUCCGGUGGAACCUCCAACUCGAAGUCGUCCUCCCUCUCCAAAUCAGCCUCUUCACCCAACCUGGACAUGGCACAAGGCGGCGCGGGGCGAGCCGACCCCACCGGGCCAAAGCCGGACUGCCUGAACCGCUACCGCAGCCUGGUGAACGGACUAGACCACUCUCUGUUCCCCUCAGGGGACCACUCUUGCAUGGAUGAGGGCCAGAGGUUCGACAUGCCCACCAUGGAGCCCACAAUGAACCAAUCUGCUCUGCUGGCGGGCUACUGCCCCGACUUCCGACUCAGGCUCCAGAUGACCAGCCUGGGGGAGACUCCCGAGGGCAACAGGGAGGCCUACAGGGGUGCCAUGGAGCACUCGUACAAGGCUCUCCCUGAGAUGAGGCCAGGGGUCCCCGGAGCUCCAGACCCCUACAGCCAGAGGAGCAGCCAGCCAGGUGGAACUGGGGCUGGGUCAGCAGAUGUGUACCCCAGCUCUCUGUAUCUACAGACCCAGGCUCUGCUGAGGGAGGCCAAGGCCUAUGAACCCAUGCUGCAGGAGAGAUGCAGCGAGCUGCCCAGCUGGCAACAGCAGCACAAGCAGCAGCUGGAGAGUCUCCGCAUGCAAGUGGAGCAGAUGCAGAUGAUGACUGCUGGAGUGGGCCAGCACCCAGCUCUCUACUCCACCCCCUCCAUGCCACCAGAGGCCAGGAAGUGGGACGAGGUGCUCAAAGCCAACGAGAGCAUUCUGAAGGAGCUCGCCAUAGAGAGACAGAAGCAGCAGAUGUCUCAGCUGGAGCUGCGGGAGAGCGAGCUGCAGGUCCACGGAGGCCUGCUCGGCCGCGGCGCUCCGUACGGCGACGCGUGUCUGCUCCGUCUGCAGGAGGCUCAGAGGGAGAAUGCCUUCCUACGGGCCCAGUUUGCAGAGCGCGGUGACUGCGCCGCCCAGGAGGAGGCAGAGCGCCGCCUCGGUGCCGUGGAGGCGGAGACGCGGCGUCUGAACGGUGCGCUGAGGGAGACCAGCGAGAGGCACGCCGAGGAGAUGAAGAAGCAGGAGGAGAGGAUUCGCAGCCGGGACAAGCACAUCAACAGCCUGAAGAAGAAGUGCCAGAAGGAGGCAGAGCAGAACCGAGAGAAGCAGCAGCGCAUCGAGACUCUGGAGCGCUACCUCGCUGACCUGCCCACUAUGGAGGACUACCAGGGCCAGCGCAAACAGCUGUCGGAGGUGGAGCAGCGGGCGUUCCAGCUGCAGGGCCGGGUCAGAGAGCUGGAGGUGUGUCUGGAGGAGGCUCGCUCACACAUCCGGGAGAAGGACACCCAGCUGGAGGAGCAGAGACGCAGGGAGAGGGAGCUGCUCACCACUGUCACCAGUUUACAAGAGCGGGUGCAGGAGGGCCUGGAGGACGGGGCAAGGUUACCCUCCCUGGAUGUGGAGAAACUCCGAGGGGAGAACAGCAGCCUGAGAGAGGAACAGCAGACACUUAAAAAGGUCAUAGAGAAGCAGCUGAGGAUGAUGACGAAACUGGGCACCCAGAUCGUAACCCUGGAGGAGCAGGUGUCUCAGGAGGAGAGCAGCUCCCAUGCUCUGAGAGAGAAGGUUUGUUCUAAAGAGCAGGGUUUGCUCCAGCUCCACACAGCCAUGAAGGAGCUGUCGGCCCAGAACCAGGAACUAACGGAGCAGAACCUGACCCUCCAUGAGCGUCUGGAGGACUCGGAGAAGGUGAACCUGGACCGGACGUCGUCCUCGCUGCGGCCGGCCGGGGCCCGCCUCACCCAGCGUCUUCACGGGGAGAUGGCCUCAUGCCUCUGCGACCUGCGCUCCCUCUGCAACGUCCUGACCCAGCGGUCACAGGGCCGAGACCCUAACCUCUCGCUGCUGCUUGGCGUUUCCUCUCCCCCGCCCAUGGCAGAGCAGGUGGAGGACUGGCUGAGUCCUGAGGUCCUCCAGAGGAAGUUGACUGAAGCCCAGCAGCUGCGUCGUGAUGUGGAGGAGCUCCGCACCACCAUCUCAGACCGCUAUGCCCAGGACAUGGGAGAGAACUGCAUUACCCAGUAGCCCCAGCUGCUAGCCUCUCUAAAACAGACUGAACAAUCAGGCUAAUGGGGUAAGGCUUCCAUAUUGGCCUUGCUUCUUCUACUCUCUUCAUUGAGUAUGAACUGGAAUCUCAUGUUGGCCCUUUGGGGAAGGAAUCCUUGAUCAGAUCAUGCAUUUCAGUCAAAGGGCUUACGGUGGAAGAACUGUUUUCAAACCAGUGUGUUUUUUGAUUGUAUAAAUGUUUUACUGAUGCGUUUUUGUCUUUGUGUUGUCAAAGAUGCCCUCCGCUCUUUUUAUGACGCACACAGAUGGGGUUGUUAUCUUUUUCAAAAAAUAACACUUUUUUAUUAUUUACAUCUUCCCUCUGGGGAAAUAAUGUUGGAUGUGGUUGACAAUCAACUGAAAUAUUUUAUUCUGUUUUUGAGUGAUUCAACAGGGAAUGUUACUAACCCACCAUUAUUUAAAAUGGUACAUUUGCAGCAUUGAAGUCUGGCGUGUGGGUGGCGUUUAACAGUGGUAGGGCUAAUACUGAAAAUACAUUCUGUCAGCAUUAUAACUGAGAUAUUGUUCAGAGACAUCUGUCCCGUCUGUACAAUUGCACAGUUAAAUUUUUUCAUGUUUGCAGAUAUCCCUCAGGUAGUGGGCUUGCUUUGAUCAAAAAUGUAAAUUUUCUGGGCUUUUGCUGUCGUCACCAGUUAAAUUUGCUAGUGGCUUUCUUUCUCAAAACGUUACUUAUUUUAGUGUUUCAGCUAACAGAGCAACUCAAUACAUUCCUUAAACAUUGCUUUGUGGGUUGUCCUCUAAGAAGAAGUUAUCUCCAUCACAGCUAGUUAUGGGGAUAACGGUCUGUGACAAUGAGGACUGAAGCCAUUUUACACACUCCUUAACAGUAUUUGUGGUACUGGUUUGUUGGUAACGGUCUGUUCAGUCUUACAGAGCAACAUACUGUAAUCUAACAGGUUAGUCCUUGUGCCUACUUUGUCCUUAUACACUGUGUUCACUUUGGUGCCCAUAUCUGUACUAUGUAAAUGUCUAUGCCAUCCGUGUGGAUAGUAUUAUUUUAUUUCCAUCUAAUAGCGAGAAAUGUUUUGGUUUCAAAUGAAUAACUUAACUAAUGGAUGUCAGUAUUUUGCCAUGAAAAAGAAUAAUAAAUGUGCCACAUGACUAAACAA